CGAAUGUCACUUACAAUCUGUCAAAAUAGUUUGUUUACGUCUAGCAAUCUUUCGUCACAAUUUCACAACACAAAAUUUAAAAUGUCAUCAUCCAUCAUUCUAGCCGGGUUAGGGCUGGCCGCGCUCGGCUACGGCGGCCGGGCGCUGAUGCGACAGAUGCCGAACGCCGCCAGCAAGAUGCAGGAAGCGCUUCAAAAUCUGCCCAAGUUCGACGCCGAAUCGAUGGCCAACUCCAAGUACUACCGGGGCGGGUUCGACGCCAAAAUGAACAAACGGGAAGCGUCGUUGAUUCUGGGCAUCAGUCCGUCGGCGUCGAAAAUUAAGAUAAAGGACGCCCAUAAGAAAAUUAUGUUGCUCAACCAUCCGGACAGAGGUGGCUCACCGUACCUAGCGGCAAAAAUUAACGAGGCGAAAGAUUUCAUGGACAAUGCGAAAUAGUUUUCAAGCUAGAAUAAGAUGUUGUGUAAAUAUUCUCAAAAAAUUUGUCAUAGGAUAAUAUAGAUGCAUUGAUUGCAGCUCUUAA